AAUACUAGCAGCUGCAUGCUCACACUGCUUGUAAUAUAAUGGUGCAGAACAGGAGGCAUUCAUAAACCUCUUACACUAGGUGAUCAUACGGCCUAAGUAAUGACAUCACUGAUAUAGCUUAGGGAGUAAGUAGAUUCGGAGAGAGGAGUAAUGACUAGUUGCCAUGGAAAUGCAGAUCUCACCGCUGCUGAUUUGUUGCUUGAACACAGGGCUUUACGUGUAAGAUACAGGCUGUGCGUGAUAAGCUGUGUACCUUCCUGGUUCAGUCUUUUUAUGCUGCUAGGCACUCAGAAGGGUGGAAAUUGAUGAGGCCGGAACAUCAGGAGAAAAUAGAAUCAGCUGCCUUAGAUAAAGGUGAUGAUCGAAGACUUGCAAAGAAACCAGUAUUCACUAGUUCACAGCAAAACAGAUCUACGUUAACAGAAAAUAAAGAACGUUCUCAAUUAGCAGUAAAUAGAACCUCUUCAAAAAGUGAUUUGUCUCUUACAAAGAAGAUGAAAUCUGAAUCACUUGGUGCUUCUGGGAACACCUCUACUGCAUUUAGAAAUUCUUCUGGAAAGGCUAAAGAUGAUGACUUAAAAAGCAAAGAUGGCAAGAAAAUAUUACCCAAAGGCAUAAAAGACCAAAAGCAACCAGAAAAGAAUGUUACAACAAAACCAAAACUUUUGAAAGCAAAGGCAGAAAGUAAUGGAAUUGCAAAAACUGAAACAUGUGCUUCUAAAGCUGACUCCACAGCCACAUCAAAAUCAUUAUCAUCAGGAAGAUUAGGCGCAAGACCCAAGGCCUCCAGUGAUAGCAAUUCACAAUCAAAGCUAAGGGCUCAUAAGUCCAUAGGUAAAAACCUUGCUUGUCCAGUAAAAUGUACAGGUAAUAAUAAGCCUGCAAAUUCCACUGUAGAAUCAGCAAAUGCACUUGGAUCUUCUGAAGAACAAAUAUGUCCAACAGCUUUAGAUGAACAAAAUUCUUCUAAUUCUUCACCACAAAGUUGUAACAUUUUACCAAACUGUUUGGAUAGUCCCAAAGAUCUUGGACAAGCAGUUAAAUCAAAAUCUGCAGCAAAAAUGUCUAAUGGGGUUUCCAUCAAAAGGAAAAUGAAUGAAGCUGAAUGCCAAGGAGGAACCAACAGCAUUUCAACAACGAAAAACAUUACAAGUGCUAAGGAAUCAGUUAUUGAGAAGAAAAAGGCAACUAAAUGCACAAUAAUUACUGCUCAGCAAAGGCCAAAGAGCGCCCCAGCAGCAGUGUCUAAAAAGCAAGGAACAUGUUUGCAGGGCAAUGGGGCAAGUCCACAAAGAUCCGCUGCUUCCAAACAAACUGAAAUCAAGUCAGAUAUUAAGACCGUGAAUAAAAAAAAUUCUAAAACUGCACUUUCAUCAAGCAAAACAAGUGCAAAACAAAAAGUGCAGAUACAUAAGAACACAUUAAGUGAGAAUAUUUGUUCUAAUGCAAACCACAAAGAAUCCAAACAGAAAACAGUGACAGGGUCCAGCUCUUCUAAAGCUAAAACUGCAAACCUAAACACCAGAAGGGAAUGUAAAGACUCUCCAUGUGCAAUAAAAACCAGCUGUGACCAGCAAACUCUGCAGCAGAACAAAGAUUCUACUAGACUAGAUGAUUAUAAGCCUUCAGUAUCUUUAGAGAAUGAAUGCAAGCAAAGUCUUUGCCAUUCCUCUGAACAGCCAUCUGGCCAUUCUGAAGAAAUUGGUGUAAAAGUUAUAACAUUAUCUAUGAAUGAGUGUUGUCAUGAUAAUCCAGCAGACAAACAACAUUCUGUGGCACAAAAAUGUAUGCUUGAUCUGUGUAAAAGUCAACAAAAUAUUGCAGAGGCAGCUGAACAUGUUAUCACAGAAGAAACAUUGACCAGGGAUGUUGAGAACAAAGCAUCAGCUGAAGCAAACUUGGCUUUAAAUAUUCUAGGUUGUGAUCAUUCAGAAAGUAAACAUAUUUGUGAUUCAGAAAACUCUAAUAAAUGUGCUGACAGUUCAAGUGAAAGUGAAUUAUGCUCUGUAAAGGAGGUAGAUCCAAAUUAUUCAAAGCCAAAUGGUAGAACAGGUGACACAGAAUCCCCCUUAAUUGGCUCCCAAACAACUAAUUGCCAUACCAGCCAGGGCUCAGCAAUUAAUGGUGGUGAGCACUAUAUGUGUGAAUCCUCUUUUGACAUUAGAAUUGGUGCCACAAUUGAGAGCCAUGACAGCUCUGAAAGCAAACUUGCAUUGCACUGGAAUAAACACGCAAAUACAUUACAUGAUAGAGAGAGUCCAGAAUCAGAGAGUGGAAGUGUUAGCACAUCAUCGGAUGACAUCAAGCCAAGGUCAGAAGACUAUGAUGCGGGUGGUUCUCAGGAUGAUGAUGGUUCGAAUGAAAGAGGAAUUUCAAAGUGCAGCACUAUGCGUUGCCAUGAUUUUCUUGGAAGAAGUAGCAGUGACACUAGUACCCCUGAAGAAUUAAAAGGAUAUGAUGGCAGUCUGAGAAUUGAUGUAAAAAUGAAAAAGGAGCAUUCUUCAGAUUUGUUUCGAGUCAACUCUACAAGCGAUGAUGAAGCUCCACAAAAACGAGCAGAAAUAUGGGGUCAGAGAGAUAAAUAUAAGAAUAACAUGAAUCAGAAAGCUGUUAACUGCAGUGUACAAUUCACCCAUGAAAUAGAACGUCUUUCUUCGUCAGCUGAUGAAACAGAAGAUGACCGUUCGGAAGCAGAAAAAGCACCAUCAGAUGCAGCACUGCAGCCUUUUCAAGGAAUUAUAAAUUUAGCUUUUGAUGAUUUAAAUGAACUUGACAGUGUAAAUCUUCAGGGUGCUGCCAAAAAAAACUUCACAAGAUCAGUUUUGCUUUCUGUCGAUGAAUGUGAAGAGCUAGGAUCUGAUGAAGGAGACCUGAAUACAAUACCAAAGAGAGAUCCGAUAUCCCCAUCAGAUGUUUUUGAGAAAAUCACCAAUGAACACUCUGCAGCACAAAAUUUAGGAUGUUCACACAUAGAGAACAAUUUCUCUGAUAUGACAUUGCAAAUUGAAUGCAGGGAUUUACAGAAUGGUAGACUUUUGAAUUUAGAUCCUCAUGAAGUAUAUCCUGAGUGUGCUUCAUCUGAAAAACAACCUUCUCAAGAAGAAGGCAAAGACUGUGUAGAAUCAGAGAUUUGUAAGGGUAACUACACCCAUGCAGAAAGUGAUUUUAAGUCUCAAAUAAGGCCCUGUCAUUUGGACCUUUACACUACCGAAACACUAUCUGAUUCCCAAAAGUUUUUCUGUACUGGGAAUUCUUGUAAGAGUCAGUUUGUUGACCAUCAAGAGAGAGACACCCAUUCAUCACCAUCUGAAAAGUGCAGUUCUGCAGGACACAUAGAUGAUUUUGACUCAUUGGCACAAAUCUGCAUGUAUGAACGUCGUCCUUCAAAAUCACUUUCUCCUAUAUAUGAGGUGGAUCCAGGCCAAGGAAUUGAGCAGAAUAAGAAUACAGAACCAAAAAUUGUGGAUUUUGGCUUUGAAGAUCAGCAUUUUGUUGAAAGGGACUGGAUUCUUCUAAGACAGCUUUUAGCUGAUCAUGGCUCAGAUGUCGACAUUAUAAACUCUGUCCCUGAAGAUCUCAGUUUAGCACAAUACUUAAUAAAUCAGACAUUGCUUUUGUCUAGAGAACAAUCAAAAUCUCAGGGUAUAACCCAGGCUGAGACUUCAAGUAGGUGGGGUGAUAUAGCAUCUCCAUAUGAUGACUCCACAAGUAUCACAGUGACAAGUUUUUCUCCUGAUGACUGUUCUUCUCCACAUGGGGAAUGGACCAUUCUUGAAUUAGAGACACAUCACUAAAAGUAAACUUUCUUAAGUUUUUACUCAAAAUGAUUGAUCUGGUCUUUUAAUGCCUCAAUUACAUAAUAAAUGCAAAAUCCAGGAAUGAAAAGGGAAAUAGAAUUAGAUUUUUGUCCACUCAUACUGUGAAGCUAAUGGGACUAGAACCUGCUUUCUGUGGCUAAGAGUACUGACUGUCCAGGCAACCCGUAGAAAUGCUUUCAAUCUGGGACAACUGACAGUAAACACUUUGCAAAAUUAUUGGAGCUUUCAUAUGGAGAAUGCACUUCAAAAGUAAGAAGUGCAUCAAAAUGAAGGUGAGGCUGCUUGUCUCAUAGUCACUUAGCUAAAAAAAAAAACAGUUUCUGGUCCUCGUAUUGCCCUUAAGUGGACCAGAGCUAAUGCAUUCUAUUAUAAAUGUUUCAUUUACUUAGUGCUUUCUCCUUUUUGGAGUGAAUUUGACCUUGUACUCGAGUUGUAUCACUUUAAAAACAGUCAGUAACAACAAAGCUGGCAAGCAAUUAAUGAUAACAGUAUCCUGUCUACAUAGGAAGACAUUUUCGUCAUAUAUGUAAUGAGAUCUAGUAGCUUUGUUGCAAAAUGGAGGAUUCUUAUUUCUCAUUCCAAUCAACCAAUUGCUUUCCCCACAAUUGUAAAAUAUACCUCUGUAAAGAUAAUUUAUAAAUUAUUGUGAAUGUCUUUAUGCCUUGCUCAGGCUUGUACCCUAUUUAAAGAUAAAAAAUGUUAGCCAAAAGGCUGUCUCUUAAUUUAGAUAAAGAACAUGCCACACAAAGGAAUUGAAAAUGGAACUAAAAUAGUAGAGCAUCCUACCUACCACAGAUAAACUUUUGUUUAAAUGCAAAAAUAAAAAAAUUCUGACAAUAUUAUUUAAAGGUAAUGCUACAGAACAGUCUCAUGCAUGUAAAAUAUUUGAGGAUAAACUGGGGGCCAGUGUCAAAAAAGAAAUGCUGUAAAUUUGGGCACAAACUACCCACUAGAAAAGUUUUUAUAAGUGGGGAAAUGAAAGCCCUGAGCAAAGUGUAAGCAAAUGGGGCCAGAUUCAUUAGAAGCAGCGGCACAACACAGUAUUGUAAACUCCUCCCGGUUCAAAAUGCAACAACCUUACCACAAAUCAUUGAGUGGCUUAAAAUAAAUUACCUUGAAAUAAAAUGCUAAAAAUGUGGUUAUAAUGCCUUAGUCAUGUCUCACUUUUUAUCAUCAAACUCCUGGGAGAAAUUUGGAUAAAAUUGCUUUCUCUGAAAUAGUGUUUGGACUUCAGCAACUGUGGCCAAAUUUGAAUUAACUGCACCUAAGGCCAUUUUUUUUUUUUUGGCAUAUGCUCAUAAUAAAUACUAGAAGUACUAAGAAGUUUAAGGACACCAUUUCAUCAUGGGUUUUAAAAGGCGUGAAAUGAAAAUAUGCAUCAAGAGUAACUUUUUACUCUAUAUUGGAUUCAUUGCUUGAGCAAAAUGUAGGCAUGUGAUUUUUUUUCCCCCUUUAUUCAAAUACUUUUUUUAACAAAUAAAAUAGUUUUCACUGUU